CUCGAAGCCAUAAGCAGUUGAUUUACUUUUGUUCGGUGAAAACUUUUCUCUUCUCAUUUGAUUGUUUUAUUGAUUCAAUUUGCAAGUUUCGAUUUUCGACAUUUUUGAUAGUGUUAUUUGGUCAAAGUAAAAGAAAAGAAAAGAAAAAGUUUAAUUUGUAAACAAUUAACCGAAUUAAUUAACUUUCCAAUCAACUUCAACAAUAAACAGAAAUGUUUUGGUUGUAAGAGGAAAAAAAACCUUCGAAACAAUUGAAUUUGAUUGUUCAUCUUACAAUCGUCAUCCUAUUGUGACAAUUAACCGUUUCAAUAACUAUUUAAAUACUAAAUUGUUCAGUGUUACAAGUUAAUCGUUUAGUUUGUUUUGUGUGUGUGUUUAAUAAUUUUGGAUAAACAAUCAACUUUUUUUGUUCAAUCGAAAAUCGGUAAAAAUUAAAUCAAAUUGUUACCAAACUAAUUGUGAUAAGUUGACAGAGAAAAGUAAACUUAAUUGUAAUCAAAAAUGGCGAUGCUCAUAUUACUAACAAUCAUCUAUUCACUUAUUCAAGCAACUGAACAAGGAAUUCACGAGAGAAAGUUAUUAAAUGACCUGAUGGAACAGUAUAAUCCUAUGGAGAGACCAGUUCUCAAUGAAUCCGAACCCGUUUUCGUCAGUUUUGGCCUUACUUUACAACAAAUUAUCGAUGUUGAUGAAAAAAAUCAACUCAUUGUUACUAAUAUAAUGAUUAAUAUGGAAUGGAUCGAUGCCAAUCUCCGUUGGAAUGUAUCUGAAUAUGGAGGAGUCAGUGAGAUCCGUUUAGCAGCAUCCAAAGUAUGGAAACCGGAUAUACUUUUAUACAAUAGUGCUGAUGAACGGAUCGACUCUUCUUAUCCUGCCAAUGUUGAGGUUCGUCAAAAUGGUUCCUGUGCCUGGUUACCUCCGGGUAUCUAUCGAAGUACCUGUAAAAUUGAUAUUACCUGGUUUCCAUUUGAUGAUCAACAAUGUAAAAUGAAAUUUGGCUCAUGGUCAUAUCAAGGUGACUCUCUUGACCUUAGACUUAUGGAUGAACAAGGAGGUGACCUUUCAACCUACAUAGUAAACGGUGAAUGGAUUCUAUUGGGAAUGCCUGGACAACGAAAUAAUGUCACCUAUGCCUGUUGCCCUUCACAGUACAUCGAUUUAACAUAUACUAUUUUAAUACGAAGACGAACACUUUAUUAUGGAUUCAAUUUAAUUGUUCCUUGUAUGAUAAUCUCAUCAAUGGUUUUACUUGGAUUCACUUUGCCUCCAGAAUCGGGUGAAAAAUUGACCCUUGGUGUUACCAUUUUACUUUCAAUGUCUGUCUUUAUGUUACAAUUAACGGAUAUACUUCCACCCACCUCAGAAUCAGUUUCAAUCAUUGGAACUUAUUUUGCCUGUAUAAUGAUGGUCGUUGCUUGUUCCGUUGUAAUGACCGUUGUGGUGCUCAAUUUUCAUCAUAAAACUCAAGAAUCAAAUGAAAUGAAUAAAUGGGUUCGAUUGUUGGUUCUGACCUGGUUAGCUUGGAUUCUUAGGAUGCGACGACCUGGUGAUAUUAGUCCACCCAAGAAACAAGCAUCUCCCUCAAGUUCAUCUCAUCAUCAUCAUCCAAAGGUAUCACCUUUGUUACCAAUUAAGGAUGAAGUGGGUUUGGUUAAUUUAAAAAUUCAUUCCCAUGGACAUGGUAAAGAUUUUACAUUGGACAAUGCAAACAAUUCAACAAUUGAUUAUGAUGAUGAUUAUUUACAAUUAAAUACACUUCGAGGUUCAACUGCUCAACACAAUAUCUCUGGUUGCUCUUAUUGUUCACAAUUUACCUUAUCAAAUCCUCCUCAUCAUCAUCAUCACCAUCAACAUCAUAAUCAUCAUCAUCAUCAUUCACAACAAUCUCAACCUCACUCAUCACCACAUAAUCUUAAUGCUCAUCAUCAACAUUCACACUCACACAAUAAUAUACAUCAAGUUUUCCCACAUACACCUUCCCACCCUCCACAAGCACCACCAACCUCACUUGUUAACACCCCUGGUGGAGGUGGUGGUGGAGGUGCCAAUGUGCCACCUUCAACUGGCUGCUGUGAUGAAAUUGAUCCACUAGUGCCGAUAACUGGAUCCAGUUCCAGAGGUCCAAUUCAUCAAUCAUCUAAUUACAAUUCAUCUCACCCCUGGUCAACCGGAACAGCGGGUCUCAGUUUAUUACCGACAACAACAGUCUCAUCAUCAUCAUCAACCACCCACAAUAACAUCAACAACCUCAAUACCUUUAAUCAUAAUCUUGGUCAUCAAAUAUCUUGCCUGGAUUCAUCUUCAUCACCAUCAACAAUUAAUUACAAUUAUUUACAAUCUUCUUCCGAUAUAAGUGCAAUACUUAAAGAGUUAAGGUUUAUCACUAACCGGAUACGGAAAGACGAUGAAAUUCAGGAUAUUAUUCAAGAUUGGAAAUUUGCUGGAAUGGUUAUGGAUCGAUUAUGUUUAAUUGUUUUCACCGCUUUUACCAUCAUAUCCACCGUUAUUUGUUUAUCAUCAGCUCCUCAUCUAGUAGUUUAAUCAUUUAUAUGGUUAAUCAAUCUAAUAAUUUACUAAUUGCAACUAAUAAUAUUUACACUGAGGAAAAUAAAAAUAAGAAGAAGCUAACUACUUCCGUCUCCGGUUGAAAACCAACAAGGAAAUAAAAAAAGGAAAUUGAUAAUUUCAAUUGUUAAUUUAAGCUCAAACUGUCAUCUUUAUUAAUUAUUAUACUAUUAUUAGAUUAUCACAAUUAUAUUAUCAUUUACAAUCAAUCAAAUGUUCAAUCAGUUCUCAAUUAUAAUUAAUUGAUUUUGUGUUUAGAUUAUAUCAUCUAUUUAAAUUACUGUAUUUUAAGAUUUACAGUUUUUAAAUUGUUCAAAUUUUUAACUGUUGAUCAUUAUUUAGUUUGCAAGCGA